CCUCCUCCUCUCCUCUCUGCUCGUAGCUUCGUUAGCAGCAGCUAGCAGUUAGCAUCAGCUAGCCUCCAGUCGUCUGCUCCACAGCCUCUAGACUGACUGACUGACUGACUGAGGGCGAUGAUGGAAGUGGACUCGCUUCAAGAGGCGCUCAGAGAUUUUGAUAAGAAAUCAAAGACGGAGGCAUCUCCUCUUCUGGAACAGUUUCUAUGUCAUGUUGCCAAGACUGGAGAGACCAUGGUUCAAUGGUCUCAAUUUAAGAACUACUUCCUGUUUAAAUUGGAGAAGGUGAUGGAUGACUUUAAAGCCUCGGCACCUGAUCAAAGAGGUCCUGCAAAUCCCAACGUGGAGUCAAUUCCAUUUGAAGAUAUGAAGGAGAGAAUCCUGAAGAUUGUGAAGGGAUACAAUGGAAUUCCAUUUACGAUCCAGCGUUUGUGCGAACUGCUCACAGAACCCAAGAGGAACUACACAGGAACAGAGAAGUUUCUCCGGGGGGUGGAGAAGAAUGUAAUGGUGGUGAGCUGUGUUCAUCCAACCUCAGAGAAAAAUGGAUGCAGUGCUGUCAACAGAAUGAAUGGAGUGAUGCUUCCUGGGAACACAUCUGCUUUUACAGAGAGGAAAGUGAACGGCCCUGGAACACCUCGGCCGCUGAACCGACCGAAGCUGUCUCUGGCCCACUCGCUAGCAGCUAAUGGCCUGCCAGACAGCACAGACAACAAAGACCUCAACACAGAGCAAGAAGACGACAAAGACUCCAGUGAGGUUUCGGCGUCGGGAAGUUCCCUGGGGAGCUCGGUGAAGAACAAACACCCAGAAGAUGAAGAAGAGGACAUGGAAUCCGAGCAGCAGGAAGUGAAGAGACUUAAGUUCAGCAAGGACGACGACGAAGAGGAAGAUGAGGAGGACGACGAGGAAGAACAGGAGGCGGACACACUGAGGCCUUUACAUGCCACCUGCGUCUCAAAAGAGGCAGAAGCCAUGGUCCAGGAGGAAGAGGAGAAGGUCGGAUACAGCAAGGAGAAUGAAGCCUCCAGCAGUGCUGCUGCCACUGAGGACCAAGAACCAACAAGCAGCACGCAGCCCGAGGUGUGUGCAGACUCCGGUCCGGAGGCGGAGCAGGCCGAGAGGGAAGUGCCGUGCGGCUCCCAGGAGGAGGGCAGCGACAUGGAUCAGACAGAGCAGCAGGCACCCGCAGGCGUCCUGGAGAGCCCCGAGACCAGCAGGGACAGCGAGGAGAGCAACGGCGACCCAGUCAGCAGCAGCAGCAGCAGCAGUAGCAGCAGUGGUAGCAGCUGUAGCAUAGAGGAGAGCGCAGAAGCGGCCAGAGAAGACAUAGCUCUCGCUCCCUCCAGCAGUACGACUGAACCUCCUACAGAGGGCGCCAUGGAAAGUGCCACCUUGAACACUGGGACCACGGAGGAGCCCAUGGAGCAGGACUAGACUGAAGGCCCCCCCUGCAGCCGUGUGUGACCAUAAACCAGCUUGUCCUUGAAUCCAGCUUGACUUGUCAGUGGGAAUGAGGAUAACUGCACCUCGAGACAGACGCCUCGCCCCACUUUUUGGACACUCCUCCAAAAUGGCUACCUGGCAUUGAUGUGGGCAUACAAAUAAAUUUUCAUUUGAAGUUUUUUUUUUUCCUUUUUAACUGGAAUAUUUUAUUGAGCUCCUUAUCCUCUGGUUUUAAGUUUCCCCUGAAAGGGGUUGGUUUCAGCAGCCUUCCUCUUGGCUGGAUUCUUCUUUUUGUGUGUUCAGUGGGGUUGUUUGGAUGCUGAGGUGGUCUGGUUCUUUUCUUAUACCACUCACUCACGCCAACCAUUUGGACAUUGCGACAGGGUUUGGUAGUCUACGUUUUGUACCCUUUAAGCCUAGUGUACCACACUACCAGGGUCAGAACAGAGCCAUACCAGCCCCUGAUUAUUUAUGAAAUUGUUCAAAAUAUGAGCCACCGCCACCAUUUCUGUUCCUGACUGAAUCGAGCAAUGAUCUGAACGAAACACCCCACGACCACUAUAUUGUUACUCCACCAAGCUGUCGAGAACAUGCAUUGUUUUAAAUUUUUUCUCCAUCCUUAUGAGAUGGGAGACUUUUUUUUUUCAUUGUGUCCUUAUUAUAUUUUAACCAUUUUUUUUUUUUUUUGCAAUGAUACACUACCAAUCCCACUAACAAUACAAUGACAUGCUACCUUGUUGAGGCGUCUUCUGUAAAAUGAUAUAUUUUGGAAGCAUAAAACCACCAUAAUUUAUAUGAUCAUUUCAAUUCAAUUAGUUAUUUUGGAGUAUUUUUUUUUUUUUUUUUUUUUUUUUCGUCUGCCAGUUGUAGUUUACAAAAACCAGCUGUACAAAGUACAAAGAUGACUUCUGCUUUCUUUGUAUCGUGAUGUCACCAUGUUGUUUCACCGACCGAUAUCCAGAGCAGUUUCUGGUUCCAGUUCUACACCUGUUUUCUGCAGCUGUACUUUUUGAUAUUUAGAAUUUUAAAUUUCUGUAAAGUAGAUUUUUGUAGAUUGUAAUACAGUAUGUGUUCACUGCCUUUGUGAAACCAUAUAUAAUUGUAUAAUUUCUGUGUAUACUCUGAAUGCUUUUGCUUUCAGUGCGGUAUUCAGAAACAGCAAUAAAUGUUAACAUUUUUA